UAUUAUUCCAAGUACUCCACCAACCUGCGGUUGAGACCGUAAAGUGCCAUUUUCUUCUCUACCGAAAACCACAAAAUCUUAAGCACACGUAAACAUCAUUGUAACUUCGCAGCAAAGGCAGCAUCGAAAGAAACACAACACUUGAGUGGUAAAUGAUUAAAACUAAUCACGACCCAUUAAACCCUUUUGGUUGUCCUGUCUCUUUCUCUCUUCUUACACACACACACACACAUACAUACAUGUGUAUGUGCUUAUAUAUAUAGGAUUCGAGGGUGUAGCUUCAAACCCUAGCUAGAGUUUGAUUUGGUGAGAGGAACAAUGAGAGAUCGAGUGGAAAGAUUUGUUGUGCUUCCGUUCUCUGUUGGGUGCGUUUCUGAAUCAAGCGUUGCAGUCGCUGCACUCUGCGACUCCCAUAAAAGAUCAUCCAAGUCCCAUUCCGUCACUUCUCCUCCUCAAGAGGAGGAAGAGAACAUGAAGAACGUAUUCAAGUACCUAUCGGUUUCGAAACCCGAAAUCUCGACGGGCAUUCAUCGUCUUUUCAAGAGCUUCAAGACCGUUUCUCAGCUCUUCGCGUACAAGGAGGAGGAGGAGAUGGUGGAGGAGUUGGGGAUGGAGAUCGGGAUGCCGACAAACGUGAAACACGUGACGCAUAUCGGUUGGGAGAACACAUUGACACUUGGUCCCGACGGCAGAAACUGGGAAGAUCUCAUCUCCCCCGAGUUUAUGCCCUAAUCCUACUACGUAAAUAUUAUACGCCUGAAUCUAUAUAUAUAUAUGUAUCCAUUCAUACUUAUCCACGCGAAUGUAUGUAUGUAUAGAUUGCUAUUGGGAUAAAAUGGUCUAUAUUCUGGUCAUGUUGGAUUCAUGAGGAUUGUUUUAAAUCCUUGUACGUAGUCCAUUAAUUAAUGUGUUAUUAUUUGUUUGAAUCAUGCAUCUCAUUGAGCGGUUUCUUCUUGA